UGUGACGAAGUCAGUUAACCACAGCCUUCAACAUGCUCUGCUCUGGCAGCAGCAGUGGCUUCUUGGUGGUAUCUCGGCCAUGACAUACAUUUGACAUGCCCUCCCUUAACCCGCUGGUAGACAGCUUCUCUUGGCCUGCAGCAUGGACCAAAGGGAAAUUCUGCACAAGUUCCUGGAUGAGGCCCAAAACAAGAAAUCUAGCAAAGAGGAGUUUGCUGAUGAAUUUCUGAAGCUGAAAAGACAAUCCACCAAGUACAAGGCAGACAAAAUCUAUCCCACAACUGUGGCUGAGAUGCCCACGAACAUCAAGAAAAACAGAUAUAAGGAUAUCUUGCCCUAUGAUCAUAGCCGAGUAGAGCUGUCCUUGGUAACCUCUGGUGAAGAUUCCAACUACAUCAAUGCCAACUUCAUUAAGGGAGUUUAUGGGCCUAAGGGUUAUAUUGCCACCCAGGGACCCUUGUCUACAACUGUCUUGGACUUCUGGAGGAUGAUCUGGGAAUACAGUGUCCUGAUCAUUGUUAUGGCAUGCAUGGAGUUUGAGAUGGGGAAGAAAAAGUGUGAGCGCUACUGGACUGAGCUAGGAGAGCUACAACGGCAACUUGGCCCUUUUUCCAUAUCCUGUGAAGCUGAAAAUAGAAAAUCUGAUUACAUAAUCAGGACUCUAAAAGCCAAGUUCAAUAGUGAAACUCGAACUAUCUACCAGUUUCAUUACAAGAAUUGGCCAGACCAUGAUGUGCCUUCAUCUAUAGACCCUAUUCUUGAGCUCAUCUGGGAUGUGCGAUCUUACCAAGAGGACGACAGGUUUCCCAUAUGCAUUCACUGCAGUGCUGGUUGUGGAAGGACUGGUGUUAUCUGUGCUAUUGAUUAUACCUGGAUGCUACUAAAAGAUGGGAUAAUUCCUGAGAACUUCAGUGUUUUUAGCUUGAUCCAGGAAAUGCGAACACAAAGACCUUCAUUUGUUCAAACACAGGAACAGUAUGAACUGGUCUACAAGGCUGUAUUAGAACUAUUUAAGAGACAGAUGGAUGUUAUCAGGGAUCAAUAUUCGGGAACAGAGAUGCAAGCAAAGUAUUCAGUUCUUGAGCAAAAUCCCACUGUAGAAACAGAGUCUUAUUCUCCUAAUUUACCGGAAAGUGACAUAAAAGAAGCAAAAAUGAUGAACCAACAGAGCAAACAAAGGCUAAGGGUAAAAAGCGCAGAAGCUUCUUCCUUUGAAUUCAGGACUUCUGACAUCAGUGAAAAGGAAGGGUUAGUUUUGCACCCUGCUGGACAGAGCAGUUCUUUUGACCUUUUGGAGCUAAAUUGUAGUUGUAACAAAAAUGCUGAUAGAGCCACAGAGUGGGAGACAAAAGCAUUUCCAAUUGCUGGGGAGCCUCUUCAGAAGCAUCAAAGUUUGGACUGGAGCUCCAUUUUGUUUGGAGCAUAUCCAAAUUCUAAACCUGCAGAUGUAGCAGGAAGAUAUUUUAAUUCAAAGAGGCCGAUAAUGAGGACCAAAUCAAUUCCCUUUGAACUGAUACAACAGAGAGACACCAAAGAGCUGGAUGUCAAGGAACAUGCUUCUUGUUUGGAAUCUCAACCACGCAACUUUUGUCUUGAGCAGCCUCAAAAAGCAAUGCAUGUUUCUUCAGCAGAACUGAAUUACUCGCUGCCAUCUGACUCUCAGCACCAAAUGUGCAAUACCUCUGAUGCAAAGUGGCAGGACUCUAGUGCUGUUGAUGUAUAUUCUUACAUGUCUUCAGAAGAUCCUUAUUUUUUAUCAUUGUCACCAAGUAGUGCUGGUUCUAAGAUGUCUCUUGAUUUACCUGAGAAGCUAGAUGGAAAUGUUUUACCUUGUUCUUCAUUGCCAACAUCCUCCACAACCCUUUUUUCUUGUUACAAUUCACAUGAUUCUUUAGCACUGAGUCCUCCAACUGAUGAUCCCCUACCAAGCCAAGAGACAGCAGUAGUAGUAGCAACCCCUCCUUCGAUGGAUGAUGAAGUACCCCCUCCACUUCCUGAACGGACUCCUGAAUCUUUUAUUGUGCUGGAGGAAGCUGGAGAAUUCUCACUGGGUGUUCCCAAAUCCUUAUCUUCACCUGCGAAGGCAAAAGUUGGAAUAUCACGAGAAUGGAGUGGAACAUCUGAGUUAAAUACAUCUGAUGACUCUGUAAGACUUAGACCAACUAAGAGUGUAAAACUCCGGAGUCCCAAAUCAGAUCAACAUCAAGAUCGUUCUUCUCCCCCACCACCUCCACUCCCAGAAAGAACUCUGGAGUCCUUCCUUCUUGCUGAUGAAGAUUGUAUGCAGGCUCAGUCUAUAGAGACUUCUUCUACUAGCUGUCCUAGUACCAUGGAAAAUUCAACAUCUUCAAAGCAGACAUUAAAGACUCCUGGAAAAAGUUUCACAAGGACUAAGAGUUUGAAAAUUUUGAGAAACAUGAAAAAGACCCAACUCUAUCUUGGGGAUAGGAAAGACACAAAAACUUCAGGUAUCUGUAAUUCUUCCCCACCAAAAAAACCUGCAGACUCUGUUCAGUCAAAUCACUCCAGCUCCUUUCUGAAUUUUGGUUUUGCAAAUCGUUUUUCAAAACCCAAAGGACCAAGGAAACCACCAUCAACUUGGAAUAUUUAACACAACUGGAAUAUAGGCUGCAAGUUCAUUUACAAAUAAAAGUACUAUAAUACUGCUAUCUAAAAUAAGGUUUCCAUAUUCAUAAUUUCAACAACGAAGAUACUGUAAUGUGUUAGUAGCAAUAUCAGAAAAGGAUAUUCAAAUAAGUGCCAGAAAUUUUAUAUUUUCAUCUUAUUUCUAUUGAGUUGGAAAUUGGAAAUAAGUUUGUCACCUGAGCUUAAGUAGAGAAUGCUGCAUGAGAAACAGUUUUAGAAUGGACUUAUUUUUCACUUUGGAAGUUAUUUUUAUUCUACUUUCUACAGAAACAUAAACUUCAAAAUAUUUUUAAGAAUUGGAUCUCAACUGUUUACCUUGCCAGAAUUUACUAUACAAAGCGUUUCGCAAAAUCUGACUUGUGGUUGUGGUACAAAAUUACUACUUGUGACAGAGACUAUUCCCUGGGAGUUAUUUUUGCCUAAAUUCCUUGCACAUCUCCCCAAAGAUGGAAAACUAGAGAAAAGGAGAAGUUAGAUUUAAGAGAAUUAAGUAAAUCAUGAAAAUCUUUGCUGUUUGGUUAUAUUCACUAACAAGAUGUUCAACUGCAUUUUCUGUCUUUACCAAAGCUAUUCAGUUACCAAGUCUAGAAGAAUAAUCAGCAAAAUAGCUACCUUUUGGUAGCAUUUUCUUCAUUUCAAAGGUCCGACAUAAACACGUGCAACUUAUAUCCAACCAGCUGGAGGUUUUACAUUUUUCUAUAUGGAAUAUGGACCUGCUUUAAGAAAAUCUGAGUUUUCAAAGCUGAUUUUAUGUAACAAGUUAGCGAGUAAUUAUUGUUAGAUUCCCCCUGAGUUCUCCUAAUGAUUUAAAACUUAGAAACUAAGUUUAACUUUUAGAAACCAGAAAUAAACAGCACUUGUUCUUCAGUAUCUUUCAUUAUGAACCCUAAUGACAGCGCAAACUGGAUGAUGUAUGUGUUAGCCUGUUUACUGUAGUACAAUGUACACAAUAGGUGCUGAAUAAACUGUUUCUAAACUGAC